AUGGUUCAAGUUAUGCAGACAGAAAUCGUCAUGGCAGAUUAUCCGGAUGCCCUUGACCAUUACUUUCCAGCAAACCUGACAGAAAUAUGGCUUGACGACAACUCCACCAAUGUUUCAGCUGUGCUGGUGAAUGGAACAGAAUCUGAGACAGACAUUGACCUGGUGGUGCUGCGCUGGAUGACCAUCAAGGCCGUGAUGGUGCCAGUGGUCUUUGCGCUGAUUUUCGUCGCUGGAUGUUUGGGCAAUGGCACCCUCAUCCAUGUGUUUGUGCGCCACAAGGAGCUGAGGACCACGCCGAACAUUUACAUAGUGGCGCUUUCUGUGGGCGACUUGUGCGUGGUGCUGUUUUGCAUACCGUUCGUGGCUACUAUUUAUACAUUCCAGAGUUGGCCAUAUGGACUCAUCAUGUGCAAGAUUGGAGAAUUUGUGACGCAAGCGUCGACGGGAAUGUCGGUGUUCACUCUGACCGCGUUGAGCGUGGACCGUUAUGUGGCCAUCACGCAUCCCAUGCGGGCGCACGUGGGAAACAAUCCUCGCAGACUGACCUAUUGCGUUGUGGCUGGGAUUGUGGUCCUGGCACUGCUCUGUGCCCUGCCCUUCUUGCUCUUUGCGGAAGUGGUGCCCAAGGGCCAUGAUGGGAUUCUAGUCUGCCACCCGUAUCCUGAGCACUUUGGACCAGGAUAUGGCCAAGGAAUGGUGGUGUACAAGGCCUUGUUGUACUAUGCUGUGCCACUGACCCUCAUCACAGUCUUCUACAUCUCCAUGGCCAGACGACUGGUGCAGAGUGCGGCGUCCAUGCCGGGGGAGGCCCGGGCCAGGCGCCAAAUCAACUCUCGCAAAAACGUCGCCAAAAUGGUCCUGGGCUUCGUGUUCUUUUUUGCCGUGUGCUUCCUGCCCAACCACGUGUUCUUCCUCUGGUUCUACUUUGACCCGAAUGCCGAGCAAGUGUACAAUAUUUUCUGGGACAUUCUCAGGAUCCUGGGGUUCACACUCAGUUUCACCAAUUCCUGCGUGAACCCCGUGGUGAUGUAUUGCGUCAGCAGCACCUUCAGAAAAAUGUUCAACAGGUGA